AUGCGGCUCGGAGGAUCCCCCCGCAACCCCCACCCGGGGCCGAGCCCUGAGGGGCCCCGGGGCAGUCCAGGCCACGUGCAGCCUGGCAAGAGCGUCCGGGGCCAGCCCAGGCGCCCAAGGGCUCCUUCUCCCAGGCCCGCCGCGCCUACGGGGCUUCGGGACUCCGCUAGCGCCGGGCGUCGUGACUCCCCGAGGCGCGUCGCCAGGCCCACGGCCCGGCCCCCCUACAGGGGCCGCUUCUGGAUGGGCCGGCGGGUGCCCUGCCCCGGAGUUCACUGCUCCGCCCUGCGCCGGCCAGCCGCCUCCCCCGAGGCCUCCUCAGGCCCCCAGCCCGCAGCGGCCAGAGGGGCGGCGGCGGCAGCAGGCUGGCCGGCGCAGGGGAGGGCGGACGCACAGGGGGAGGUGCUUCCGGGACAGAGGGCGGGCAAGAUGGCGGCGCCCAUGGAGCUGUUCUGCUGGUCGGGGGGCUGGGGGCUCCCUUCCGUGGACCUGGACAGUCUGGCCGUGCUGACCUAUGCCAGAUUUACUGGUGCUCCACUCAAGGUACACAAGAUUGCCAACCCCUGGCGGAGCCCUUCAGGAACCCUGCCUGCCCUUCGCACCAGUCAUGGAGAGGUCAUUUCCGUACCUCACAAGAUCAUCACCCACCUGCGAAAGGAGAAGUACAAUGCUGACUAUGAUCUGUCAGCCCGGCAGGGGGCAGAUACCCUGGCCUUCAUGUCCCUGCUAGAGGAGAAGCUGCUGCCUGUUCUGAUACACACUUUCUGGAUCGAUGCCAAGAACUAUGUGGAAGUGACCCGGAAAUUUUACGCAGAGGCUAUGCCCUUUCCGCUCAACUUCUUUCUGCCUGGCCGCAUGCAGCGGCAGCACAUGGAACGGCUGCAGCUGCUGUGUGGGGAGCACAGAGCAGAGAAUGAGGAAGAACUGGAGAAGGAGCUGUACCAGGGGGCUCGUGAGUGCUUGACCCUUCUCUCUCAGCGCCUGGGCUCCCAGAAGUUCUUCUUUGGAGACGCCCCUGCCUCCCUGGAUGCCUUUGUCUUCAGUCAUUUGGCCCUGCUGCUACAGGCGAAGCUACCCAGUGGCAAACUACAGGCCCACUUGCGGGGGCUCCACAACCUCUGUGCUUACUGUACCCACAUCCUCAGCCUCUACUUCCCCUGGGAUGGAGCUGAGGUACCGCCCCCACGCCAGACAUCAGCAGGCCCAGAGGCUGAGGACGAACCCUAUGGGCGCCGGAAUCAGAUACUAUCUGUGCUGGCAGGGCUGGCAGCCAUGGUGGGCUAUGCCCUGCUCAGCGGCAUCAUCUCCAUCCAACGGGCAACUCCUGCCCGGGCCCAGGGCACCCGGGCCCUGGGUCUAGCAGAGGAGGAUGAAGAUGAGUGAUUUGGCCACAUGCUCCCCAGACUGACUGAUCUUUCUACUGUCGUGCAUUCCAGAGGCCCCGUGCCUCCCCAUUGUUGGUACGGCCAGAAAGGGUGCUCCCCCCCACAAUAAAGCUGCUCAUAUUGA